GGGUUUGGGUUUGGGAAUGAUCCUGGGGUGGCAGCCUUCCGGGCUGGAGAAAGCAUCAUGGCUGGGCCAUGUGCAGCGGCUACGUGAUCUGCUUGAUGAAGAGUGCCUGGAAAUACGGAGCCAUUUGAGCAGUGACUCAGCUGAGCCUGAGAGUGAGAUCCCGGUGGCCAGAUGGAACCAGGAUCUCCCGGAUGGAUCCGAUGGCGUCUCUGGAGCCUUUGCUGAGCUGCAAGAUGAUUGGACGGGUCGGGAAGCCAAUGUGGUGGCCCUCAUCAAAUCUGCAUUGGCUUUGGCGAGCCUCUACCAACAGAGUGCCCUUAGCAAACUGAGGGCAAAGGCAGAGGCAGAAGAUGCUGAGGCUGACGGGUUAAAGGCUGCCGGCAGCGCGAAAAGCGUUGAAAGACAGUGGCCAGAUGAAGCGUCAGGAGAGUGGUCUCUGGUGGAAGCGAAACACAAAGCUCAGCAGUUGGAGGAUGAGCGUUUGCGGCAGGAGACGGUCAAAGACGGUUCAGUUAUUGCAGAUUUUGCAUCGAGGACUGCCACAUCCGCGCCCUUCAGAGCAACGCUCGACAAGGCCGUCUCCUCCAGAAGCGACGCCGAGAAGCGGCACUUCGUGGCUUACUCCACGGCAGAUGCUGAGGCGGCAGAGCAGCGAGGAGAGCUUCGCCGGAAGUUGUCUGAGGCCGAAGUGGCUCGUAUGGUAUUGUAUCACACCAUUCGUCCCUUUGCGGGUUGGUUUUCGAUCUUCCAAGCCAUGGUUAGCACGAUGGAUAUCGAGACUACUCCAAACUUUGGGGACCUGAAGGGCAUCAGCGACAGUCAAAUUCGCCUGGGCUUCAUCCGGAAGGUCUAUGGCAUUGUUUGCACUCAGGUUGUUGCCACAGCCGUCUUUGCAGCCCUUUGCUGUGGACCUUUGAGGCAUCCGGCCACCAGCUUUGUGAUGCACUGGCCCAGCACCUUUCGUUGGGGCUCUUUGAUUGCGACAGGCUUGUCCCUGCUGCUAUGCCAUGCAGGCAAGAACAGUUAUCCCGUGAAUUUCGUGGGCCUCUGUGCUCUGACCGCCGUCAUGGCAUGUGAUGUGGGGGUCAUCAGUGCCCUUGCCGCUUCAGCGGGCAUGGGCUCGUUGGUGGCAGAGGCGGCUGUGAUCACGGCCCUACUGGUGGCAGGCUUGACGCUAUACACCUUCCGCUCCAAACGCGAUUUUUCCUUCUUGGGCGCUGCGCUAUGGCCUUUGACGUUUGGCUUUUUUGGCUUUGGCUUGCUGUGCAUGUUCUUCCCCUCCUUGAACACCGGCAUCGUGGGUCUGUUGGUCUCUUUCGCGGGUGCUGGGAUCUUCUCGGCCUACCUGGUCUUUGACACCUGGCGCAUUUCCCAAGAAUUGGACGUGGACGAUUACGUGGAGGGUGCCAUUCAGCUCUACAUGGACAUUGUCAACCUCUUCCUCUACAUCCUGGAAAUCCUCAUGCAGUUGAGCAAGGGCGACAGCGCCUGCGGCGGCAGCGAGCUUGCGGAUUUGCAGAUCCGAGGAAUGCCCAGUGGAGGCGUCAUGGAGGCACAGACCCAGGGUGUGGACACCGUGAUGGCCACCCCUCGGCAGCACUACGAGCCGCCUAGCGCCUCCAGAUCGCUUCCGGCGACUAUCCCAGAGAAUAGGCCGUUGGGAUAUCUUGGGAUCCCUUGUGAGGAGGCCUGCGAAGAAGCCCGGUGCUCCCAUGCCCACAGACCUGCGAUCUUUAGGCAAGUUGCUGAGUGGAAGUGGGAUGUUGGGCAAGUGAGGCAGCAGUCAGGGACAGAGUUUCACCGGUGGCGAAAAGGCCCAAAGAAUUAG